GGAUGCAGAGGCUGGAGAGUGGAGUCCAGCUGUGAGCCUGGCCGGCCAUGGGGACAUGUGUUAGUGAGUACUGUCCACCUCAGACUCAGAGCAUCUGACCUGAGGCUGUGGGGAUGCAGGGGUCCCCAGGGGGUGGGCAGGACAGAAGGAGGAGGCAGACCUGCUUGGAGAACUUGUUCUCAGUUUCCGUUUGUUACAUAAUGGGCAAGAGGACCAGCACUUUUGCUCAGAGCUGCAGCUCUGGCUCCGCUAGGAAAUGCCAGGCAGGGGCACAGCCAUGUGAUUCUCAGACAGUAAACCCCAAGCCACAGACCUUUGCUUUCUGGGGCAGGGAGUAGUGGACAGGGCUGACUCCAGGCAACAGUCCCCAAUAGGCUGCACCAAUGCGACCGCACCUCCCCUGAGUGCAGGCAAGGGGUGCUGUGCUCAUGCUCUCAGCCUGGGUGCAUCCUCACUUUGUUCACAGCUCCUCUAUCGGACCCAUUUCACUGAGGCUCAGCGAGGUUACCUAUGUCGCCCCAGGUCACCAUCCAGUAACCCAGAAAGCUUCUCUUGGCUCCUCCACUAACUGCGUGAUCUCGGACAAGUCAGUUACUAUCUCUGAAAGCCAGUUCUCCUCCUUAAAAUGGAGACAGUUGAGCCAGGCAUGGUGGUUUAUGCCUGUAAUCCCAGCACUUUGAGAGGCGGAGGCAGGAGGAUCGCUUGAGCUCAGGAGUUUGGGAUCAGCCUGGGCAACAUAGUGAGGCCCUCAUCUCUACAAAUUUUUUUUAAUUAGCUGGGCGUGGCAGUGUACCCCUAUGGUCCCAGCUACUCAGGAGGCUUAGAUGGGAGGAUCACUUGGGCCCAGGAGGUCAAGGCUGCAGUGAGCCCUGAUCGCACCACUGCACUCGGGCCUGGGAGACAGAGUGAGAUCCUGUCCAAAAAAAAAGGAGACAGUCCCAUAACAAGCCCCCAUGGCGCCGCCCAGAUGGUGUUUCCACGCGAGGGAGAGGCGGGAAAGGGUUGUCAGGGAAGGUUCCUGGUGGCAGAGCUCACAGGGUCCGUGCUGAGCUGAAUUUUGCACAGCAGCCUCAGAGUCCCGGAGCGGAGUCCAAAGGGUGGGAUGCAGGUAUUGCGAAGAAGCACACGCUCCGAGAGGCACCACCAGAGCGUGGGCUUUGGGCGAGGAGGGGUCUCCUCUGGUUAGGGGAGAUCUGACAGGCUUGGGGGAGAUGGAGCUGAAAGGAUGGACAGGGAGGGAAGGCCAGAAAGCUGGAGACGGGGAUGGAGAGCUAAACCGCAAAGAGCAGGCGCCCUGCCCCGCCGCGGGCCCCGCGCCUCCAGCUCCCCCUUCCCGAGCUUCUGGAGGUGGGCGUCCAGCCAGCAACCAAUGGGCCCCGCCCCCGCCCUUAGCCAAUGGGCCGCGUCCCCGCCCGCGCGGCCGCCCCGCCCCUCGCGGACGCGGAAGUGGGCCUGGCACCUUCCCGGCCCGCCGCAGGGAUGGGGCAGCUGUGCUGGCUGCCGCUGCUGGCACCGCUGCUGUUGCUGCGACCGCCGGGGGUCCAGUCCGCCGGCCCCAUCCGGGCCUUCGUGGUGCCCCACAGCCACAUGGACGUGGGCUGGGUCUACACUGUGCAGGAAAGUAUGCGGGCGUACGCCGCCAAUGUCUACACCUCAGUGGUGGAAGAGCUGGCCCGCGGCCAGCAGCGCCGGUUCAUCGCUGUGGAGCAGGAGUUUUUCCGGCUGUGGUGGGAUGGCGUCGCCUCAGACCAGCAGAAACACCAGGUCCGCCAGCUCCUGGAGGAAGGACGCCUGGAAUUUGUCAUCGGAGGCCAGGUCAUGCAUGACGAGGCCGUGACGCACCUUGAUGACCAGAUCCUGCAGCUCACAGAAGGACACGGGUUUCUCUAUGAAACAUUUGGGAUCCGGCCACAGUUCUCCUGGCACGUUGACCCGUUUGGCGCCUCUGCCACGACCCCCACCCUGUUUGCGCUGGCGGGCUUCAAUGCCCACCUCGGCUCCCGGAUCGACUACGACCUGAAGGCAGCCAUGCAGGAGGCCCGGGGGCUGCAGUUCGUGUGGCGAGGGUCCCCAUCCCUCUCAGAGCAGCAGGAAAUCUUCACGCACAUCAUGGACCAAUACAGCUACUGCACCCCAUCCCACAUCCCUUUCUCCAACAGGUCAGGAUUUUACUGGAAUGGCAUGGCCGUCUUCCCCAAGCCUCCCCCAGAUGGGGUGUACCCCAACAUGAGUGAGCCCGUCACCCCAGCCAACAUCAACCUCUAUGCUGAGGCCCUAGUGGCCAACGUGAAGCAGAGGGCCGCUUGGUUCCGGACACCCCAUGUCCUCUGGCCCUGGGGAUGUGACAAGCAGUUCUUCAAUGCCUCGGUGCAGUUUGCCAACAUGGACCCGCUGUUGGACCACAUCAACAGCCAUGCUGCCGAGCUCGGUGUCUCGGUGCAGUAUGCCACGCUGGGCGACUACUUCCGUGCCCUGCAUGCUCUCAAUGUCACCUGGCGUGUCCGCGACCACCACGACUUCCUGCCCUAUUCCACAGAUCCAUUUCAGGCCUGGACGGGCUUCUACACAUCCCGCAGCACACUGAAGGGGCUGGCCCGGCGAGCCAGCGCCUUGUUGUAUGCCGGGGAGUCCAUGUUCACACGCUACAUGUGGCCAGCACCCCGUGGGCAUCUGGACCCCACCUGGGCCCUGCAGCAGCUCCAGCAACUUCGCUGGGCCGUCUCCGAGGUCCAGCACCAUGAUGCCAUCACUGGGACUGAGUCCCCCAAGGUGAGAGACAUGUACGCGACGCACCUGGCCUCGGGGAUGCUGGGUGUGCGCAAGCUGAUGGCCUCCAUCGUCCUAGACAAGCUCCAGCCCCAGGCACCCAUGGCGGCCAGCUCCGGUGCAGGGCCUGCAGGACAUUUUGCCUCGGUCUACAACCCGCUGGCCUGGACGGUCACCACCAUCGUCACCCUGACUGUUGGUUUCCCUGGAGUCCGCGUGACAGAUGAGGCGGGCCACCCAGUGCCCUCGCAGAUCCAAAACUCAACAGAGACCCCAUCUGCGUAUGACCUGCUUAUUCUGACCACAAUCCCAGGCCUCAGUUACCGACACUACAGCAUCAGACCCACUGCAGGGGCCCAAGAGAGCACCCAGGAGCCGGCUGCCACUGUGGCCAGCACCCUUCAAUUUGGCCGCAGGCGGAGGAGACGCACCAGACAUGCAGGCAGGUACUUGGUGCCUGUGGCAAACGACUGCUACAUUGUGCUGCUCGACCAGGAUACCAACCUGAUGCACAGCAUCUGGGAGAGACAGAGCAAACGAAUGGUGCACGUGACCCAGGAGUUCCUGGAGUACCACGUCAACGGGGAUGUGAAACAGGGCCCCAUUUCCGAUAACUACCUGUUCACACCGGGCAAGGCCGCGGUGCCUGCGUGGGAAGCUGUGGGAAUGGAGAUCGUGGCGGGACAGCUUGUGACUGAGAUCCGGCAGUACUUCUACAGGAACAUGACAGCACAGAAUUACACGUAUGCAAUCCACUCCCGGCUCACCCAUGUGCCACAGGGCCAUGACGGGGAGCUGCUCUGCCACCGGAUAGAGCAGGAGUACCAAGCCGGCCCCCUGGAGCUGAACCGCGAGGCUGUCCUGAGGACCAGCACUAACCUAAACAGCCAGCAGGUCAUCUACUCAGACAACAAUGGCUACCAGAUGCAGCGGAGGCCCUACGUUUCCUAUGUGAACAACAGCAUCGCUCGGAAUUACUACCCCAUGGUUCAGUCGGCCUUCAUGGAGGAUGGCAAAAGCAGGCUUGUGUUGCUGUCGGAGCGGGCACAUGGCAUCUCCAGCCAAGGGAACGGGCAGGUGGAGGUCAUGCUCCACCGGCGGCUGUGGAACAACUUCGACUGGGACCUGGGCUACAACCUCACGCUGAACGACACCUCAGUCGUCCACCCAGUGCUCUGGCUUCUGCUGGGAUCCUGGUCCCUCACCACUGCUCUACACCAGAGGAGCGCAGUGGCGCUGCAGCACAGGCCCGUGGUGCUGUUCGGAGACCUGGCCGGGACUGCGCUGAAGCUCCCAGGACCCCAGCAGCAAGAGGCCGUGACGCUGCCCCCAAAUCUUCACCUGCAGAUCCUGAGCAUCCCUGGCUGGCGCUACAGCUCUAACCACACGGAGCACACUCAGAAUCUCCGGAAAGGCCAUCGAGGGGAAACCCAGGCUGACCUCCGCCGUGUCCUCCUGCGGCUCCACCACCUGUAUGAAGUGGGCGAGGACCCAGUCCUGUCUCAGCCAGUGACAGUGAAUCUGGAGGCUGUGCUGCAGGCGCUGGGGUCCGUGGUGGCAGUGGAGGAGCGCUCGCUCACAGGGACCUGGGAUGUGAGCAUGCUGCAGCGCUGGAGCUGGAGGCCGGGGCCUGGCCGCCGCAGAGGUGACAGCACCUCUCCCUCGAGGCCACCAGGCGGCCCCAUCAUCACCAUCCACCCAAAGGAAAUCCGGACGUUCUUCAUUCACUUUCAACAGCAGUGAGCCCUGGGCAGAUGCCCCGGCCCCAGGACUUCCCCCAGGAACUCCAUGUAACAGAACUGACCCAGGACAGGGAAAAGCAGCGUGGAGGGACGGAACUAGGGAGUCAGCUGCUCAUCUGCAGGCUAAUGGCAGGAAAUGGUCAUAUUUGGGGUUUUGUCCCUAAUUUUUUUUAAAUAAAAAUUACAUUACAAGAUCCAGGUUCUUCCCCUCCCACACUCAAUCAAGCCAGCCCUCUCCUCUGCUGUCACAUAAAGGAUAUUUGGCACGCUCACGCGUCAUUCAUUCACAAAAGACAAACCUAGGAUGUUCUGCCUGAGGCAGAGCACAAGACCCACAGCAGCACCGAAGCGCAUCUACUGUCCGGGCCCUGCCAGGCUUGCCCAGGCUGCCGGUGGUAACUGUGGACCUACUGCAUGCCGCGUGUUUUCAAGACUCAUCCCAUGCUGGCAACAGCCUUGCAAGGGGCUUGGCUCUGCCACAGGGCAAGAGAGGAAGUUGUAGCGCUGAGCUGGAGUUCCAGCCCCAGAUGUCCACCUGUGCCUCGGCACCGCCUGUCGAGCAGAGAAGGCACAACAGCCGUCAGAGUCCAGGAAGAGAUGAAACCACACAGCAGGGAUGUCCAAUAUCAGAACUAUUAAUAUCAAUAAAAGUGUAACCUUCCAAGGUC